CGCUGCAGAAGUCUGAACUUUUUAGGCAGGAGCCCUUUCUUGAAAGGUGUUGAGGGAGAAGGAUACUGGAUUGAUAGUUGUUGAAUCCUCCGGCCUUACUUUUGCUGCUGGAUAGUCCCUGCAUUACACAAUGCCGUCUUCAGUCGAGUGCCUGGCGGAGCUGAGAUGCUGGCCAUCGGCGAACGUUGCCGUCCACCCGUCCUGCAGCGCUGUCGAGAGCUUGCAGAGUCCUAGUGUCAAACUCCGGGCUUUCUCCGUGAGAACACACGAUACCCAGAGGCCGCGCUGCAAGCAGUGUCCGAGCCGGUUGAAGCUGCUGGAGUCGAAUUGCAGGCGGAUGGGGGCAUUCCAAGGGUUUCUUCCUGUGAAUCAUGUUGCAAACAUCACAAAGCCAGCAUCUACGAGCAGAAAAGUUGCGCAUAGAGGCUACGGUUGCAGUAGUGGCGCUAAGAAGGGCCAAGUGACAUGUGGCUUGAUGCCAAUUGACCCAUGGAACCCAAGCAUGCAAGUGGACUCCCAGAGCAUCGCGUCGCAGCUCUUUGCAGCCUCGCUCCUCCCUUAUCUGGGGUUUCUGUACCACCUGACGCGCUCCAAAACGGCACCAAAGCUGACCUUGUUUGGCUUCUACUUCCUCCUAGUCUUUGUUGGCGCCACAAUUCCGGCGGGCAUUUACGCAAAGCUGCACUAUGGAACCUCCUUGUCGAAUGUUGAUUGGCUACAUGGGGGGGCCGAGUCCUUUCUCACCUUAACCAACCUGUUCAUAGUCAUUGGCCUUCGGCAAGCCCUUCGGAAAGACGAGCAGCCGACCGAGCCAAGCGUGUUGCCUGACCUAGAUCCUGAAGGGGAGCGCCAUCCUGAGGUCGAAGCACCAAUUGAUGUUCGGCGAUAAGUGUUGGGAUGCCUUGGUGACAUAGAUCAAUCAUUGCGCACGCUGGCUUGAUCGGACAAGCUCUAUAAUCGCACAAUGAGCUUGGAAAAUUU